CUUCUCCCCUCUUCCUCUCCAGACUCCCCCAUCCUUGCAGUGCACCUUCCAACUCCUACCCUGUCCGUACAACUACAUCAAUACCUCUUCAAACCACAAACCACUCUUCAUCCCCCACCAUGUCUCGCUCCACCGUUCACGUCGAGGGCAUUGCCCCCGCAACCUCCGACAAGGAGGUCCAGGACUUCUUUAGCUUCUGCGGAAAGAUCACUUCCCUCUCCGUCACUCCUGUUUCAGGCGAGGCCGAAUCCCAGAAGUCGGCCACCGUGACUUUCGAAAAGGAAGCUGCUGCGAAGACUGCCCUCCUCCUGGACCACACCCAAUUGGGAACUUCCGUCGUGAACGUCAAGGCCGCGCAGACCCUCGAUGACAUCGCGGGCGCCCAGGCUGCCAGCGCCGGAGAAGCCAAGGACGAGCUGAACCACGACCUCGAGCAGGAGGACAAGCCCCGGUCUCGCAUCGUGGCCGAGUACCUGGCCCACGGCUACACGCUCAGCGACAACGCCAUCGAGAAGGCCAUCUCCCUGGACCAGAAGCACGGCUUCUCCACCCGCUUCACGACGGCCCUGUCCUCCUUUGACGAGAAGUACCACGCCACCGACCGCGCUCGGGGUCUGGACGAGAGCUACAAGAUCAGCGACAAGGCCUCCACGGGCUGGCGCAGUCUGAACCACUAUUUCGAGAAGGCUCUCGGCACCCCCUCCGGCAGGAAGCUCCGUGACUUCUACUCCCAGACCGACAAGCAGGUGCGGGACAUCCACAACGAGGCCCGCAGACUUGCGGACCUGAAGAGCGGCAAGUCCGCCGAGGGCGGCGAGGCCCCUGCCGCUGCGGCUUCUAGCACCGCGCCGGCUGAGGCUGCUGCCCCUGCGGAGCCCAAGGCGUAAAUCCCGUCGAAUUGGCCAAGCAAAAAAUGAAAACAAAAGGAAAGGUAUUCAACUGAGGGAUUCUGUCUCGUACACGGUACACGUCACAUCACGACUUCUGUUC